CUUUCUCUUGCUCCCGUCCCGCGAAACGCUUCCUCUAGAAGCUCGAGACGACCCGCAAAUAUGCCGUCGAUCGAAUUCGACGACUCAAAGCCUAGCUGGGCCGAUCAGGUGGAGGAAGAGGGAGAUGAAGGUUCACUCCCUUCACCAAAAGAGACCGUCAAGGGUAACAUCAAGACUGUCACAGAAUACAAAAUCGAUGACGAUGGCCAGAAGUUUAAGAUUAUCCGGACUUUCAAAAUUGAGACACGAAAGGCCUCUAAAGCUGUUGCCAGGAGGAAGAACUGGAAAAAAUUUGGCAACUCAGAAUAUGAUGCACCAGGCCCAAAUGUUGCCACCACUACAGUGAGUGAUGACGUCUUCAUGACCUUCAUCUCCAGCAAAGAGGAUUUGAAUGCUCAAGACCAAGAUGAGGAUCCCAUGAACAAGCUGAAAGGACAGAAGAUUGUGUCCUGCCGAAUCUGUAAGGGGGAUCACUGGACCACCCGCUGUCCAUACAAAGAUACGCUUGGUCCCAUGCAGAAGGAACUGGCCGAGCAGUUGGGGCUGUCCACAGGAGAGAAAGAGAAGGCAGCCGAGCCUGAGCCGGCCCAGCCUGUCCAAAACAAGACUGGGAAGUAUGUUCCCCCAAGUCUACGGGAUGGUGGUACGCGCCGAGGAGAGUCUAUGCAGCCUAACCGCAGAGCUGAUGAUAAUGCUACAAUCCGUGUGACCAACCUGUCCGAGGACACCAGGGAGACCGAUCUGCAAGAGCUUUUCAGGCCUUUCGGCUCCAUAUCUAGGAUCUAUUUGGCAAAAGAUAAGAACACCGGCCAGUCUAAGGGCUUUGCCUUCAUCAGUUUCCACCGCCGUGAGGACGCUGCCAGAGCCAUCGCUGGUGUGUCAGGCUUUGGAUAUGAUCAUCUCAUUCUCAAUGUGGAAUGGGCAAAACCCUCCAAUAACUGAGGAAAUUCCAUAAAUAUUCCAGGAGGUUUAGAUGUGUUCCCCCAAGUGUAAUAAGACCAUGAUCCAAAUAAAUGCAAAUUAUUAAAACA